GGGGAAUUUGCUUAUUACACUCCAUAUAUGUAUCGAUAACACGACAGUGAUGCAUAUUAUGCAGAAAGGCAACACGCAUUCCGAUGCCCUGGUGGGAGAGGCGGGACAUAUCGACAGGGUUCUGCGGGACCACGGCUUGAACGCCACAUGGGGCUAUGUCGCGUCGGAAAAUAAUCCUGCGGAUGGUAUGUCACGGGGGGCAAAGGUUUUUCCGACGGACAUCGCGAAGGGGUGGGACUUGCGAAGGGGGGGACGCGGGAGGCGGGUUAAGGGCGCUUUCAGCACCUCUUUUUCGCCAGUGGGACUACGAGCUUUAAAUUCCUUAUAA